AUGGACCACCUGGCAGCAAGGACCACCUGGCAGCAUGGACCACCUGGCAGCAUGGACCACCUGGCAGCAUGGACCACCUGGCAGCAUGGACCACCUGGCAGCAUGGACCACCUGGCAGCAUGGACCACCUGGCAGCAAGGGCCACCAGGCAGCAUGGACCACCUGGCAGCAAGGACCACCUGGCAGCAUGGACCACCUGGCAGCAUGGACCACCUGGCAGCAUGGACCACCUGGCAGCAUGGACCACCUGGCAGCAUGGACCACCUGGCAGCAUGGACCACCUGGCAGCAAGGACCACCAGGCAGCAUGGACCACCUGGCAGCAUGGACCACCUGCCAACAAGAGCCACCUGCCAACAAGGACCACCGGCCAACAAGGACCACCGGCCAACAAGGACCACCUACCAACAAGAGCCACCUGCCAACAAGGACCACCUGCCAACAAGGACCACCGGCCAACAAGGACCACCGGCCAACAAGGACCACCGGCCAACAAGGACCACCUGCCAACAAGAGCCACCUGCCAACAAGGACCACUUACCAACAAGGACCACCUGCCAACAAGGACCACCGGCCAACAAGGACCACCGGCCAACAAGGACCACCUACCAACAAGGACCACCGGCCAACAAGGACCACCUGCCAACAAGGACCACCGGCCAACAAGGACCACCGGCCAACAAGGACCACCGGCCAACAAGGACCACCUACCAACAAGGACCACCGGCCAACAAGGACCACCGGCCAACAAGGACCACCGGCCAACAAGGACCACCGGCCAACAAGGACCACCGGCCAACAACGACCACCUACCAACAAGGACCACCUGCCAACAAGGACCACCUGCCAACAAGGACCACCUGCCAACAAAGACCACCUGCCAACAAGGACCACCGGCCAACAAAGACCACCGGCCAACAAGGACCACCUGCCAACAAGGACCACCGGCCAACAAGGACCACCGGCCAACAAAGACCACCUGCCAACAAGGACCACCUGCCAACAAGGACCACCUGCCAACAAGGACCACCGGCCAACAAAGACCACCUGCCAACAAGGACCACCGGCCAACAAGGACCACCUGCCAACAAGGACCACCGGCCAACAAGGACCACCGGCCAACAAGGACCACCGGCCAACAAGGACCACCUGCCAACAAGGACCACCGGCCAACAAGGACCACCGGCCAACAAGGACCACCUACCAACAAGGACCACCUGCCAACAAGGACCACCGGCCAACAAGGACCACCGGCCAACAAGGACCACCGGCCAACAAGGACCACCUACCAACAAGGACCACCGGCCAACAAGGACCACCGGCCAACAAGGACCACCGGCCAACAAGGACCACCGGCCAACAAGGACCACCGGCCAACAAGGACCACCUACCAACAAGGACCACCUGCCAACAAGGACCACCUGCCAACAAGGACCACCUGCCAACAAAGACCACCUGCCAACAAGGACCACCGGCCAACAAAGACCACCGGCCAACAAGGACCACCUGCCAACAAGAACCACCGGCCAACAAGGACCACCGGCCAACAAAGACCACCUGCCAACAAGGACCACCUGCCAACAAGGACCACCUGCCAACAAGGACCACCUACCAACAACGACCACCUACCAACAACGACCACCUGCCAACAAAAACCACCUGCCAACAAGGACCACCUGCCAACAAGGACCACCGGCCAACAAAGACCACCUGCCAACAAGGACCACCUGCCAACAAGGACCACCUGCCAACAAGGACCACCGGCCAACAAGGACCACCUGCCAACAAGGACCACCUGCCAACAAGGACCACCGGCCAACAACGACCACCUACCAACAACGACCACCUACCAACAAGGACCACCUACCAACAAGGACCACCGGCCAACAACGACCACCUACCAACAAGGACCACCGGCCAACAACGACCACCUACCAACAAGGACCACCUGCCUACUAAGACCACCUGCCAACAAGGACCACCUACCAACAACGACCACCUACCAACAAGGACCACCUGCCUACUAAGACCACCUGCCAACAAGGACCACCUGCCUACAAGGACCACCUACCAACAAGAGCCUCCCGAAUUUAAAAAAAUCUUGGGAGUGUAA